UGGGAGAGAAUUCACACAGACAACUAUGGAACUGGUGUUGCUAUUGCAGAAUAUAGCCAGUAGGUAGCCUUUCCUUCAGGUUGGUGUCGAAGGCCUGUGUGACGUUAUUUCUCCUUUGUUGUUAGAACAAACCACAUGGAAGUAGAGAAUGACAGUCAGAUUUCAGAAUUCUUUCUUCUGGGAAUUUCAGAGGACCCCACAUUGCAGCCCCUCCUCUACGGACUCUUUCUGUCCAUGUACCUGCUCACCGUGCUUGGGAAUCUGCUCAUCAUCAUGGCCUCCAUCUCUGACCACCGUCUACACACACCCAUGUACUUCUUCCUUGCCAACCUGUCCUUCGUGGAUGUCUGUAUCACCUCCACCACCGUCCCCAAGAUGCUGCUCAACAUCCAGACCCACAGCCGGGCCAUCAGCUAUAAAUCCUGCAUCACCCAGAUGUAUUUUUUCCUACUAUUUUCAGUGUUGGACAUCUUUCUGCUGACGGUGAUGGCCUAUGACCGCUUCGUGGCCAUCUGUCACCCCCUGCACUACGCAGUCAUCAUGAGCCCCUGGCUCUGUGUGUGGCUGGUGCUGGGGUCCUGGGUGGUGAGCGUCUUGCAUUCCAUCUUACAAAGCGCAAUGGUGCUGCGGCUGUCCUUCUGUGCCUACUCAGAAAUUCCCCACUUUUUCUGUGAACUCAACCAGGUGGUGCACAGCGCCUGCUCCGACACCUUUCUUAAUGAUUUGGUCAUCUAUUUAGCAGCUGUGUUUUUGGCUUGUUUUCCCUUUGCUGGCAUUCUGUAUUCUUACUCCAAGAUCGUGUCCUCCGUCCGGGCCAUGUCCUCAGCUCGGGGCAAGUACAAGGCCUUUUCCACCUGUGCAUCUCACCUCUCCGUGGUCUCCUUGUUCUAUGGGACGCUCCUGGGUGUGUACCUCAGCUCUGCGGUGACCCAAAACUCACACUCCACUGCCACAGCCUCGGUGAUGUACAGCGUGGUCACCCCCAUGCUGAACCCCUUCAUCUACAGCCUGAGGAACAAAGACCUCAAGAGGGCGCUGAACAAAUUCUUAGGUAGAAUUCCACCUUCUUUAUGCAGUUUAUGUGUGAACUAA